AUGAGCAGAACUGCCAGCAAGAGCAGUGGGAAUGGGAGAGUGAGGGUUAUCGUCCGUGUACGACCAGCAGAGAGCGACGAAGAGACUUGCGUGAAGAUCAUAGACGACAAGACGCUCAGCUUGCGGUCCCACGGCACGAGACAGUACAGGUUCGACGAGGUGCUGUCGCCAGCCGCUAGUCAAGGUCAGACCUUCAUCGCGGCUGCCGAGGACAUGGUUGAGUCAGUGAUGCGAGGAAGCAACGGCCUUCUGCUGGCCUACGGACCAACAGGUGCUGGGAAAACCUUCACCAUCUUUGGCGGCGAGUCGUUCUGGGAUGACUGCCUGUCAUCGCGCAACGUGCAACAAGCCGGAAUCUUGCCGAGAUCUCUUGAGAGAAUCUUUGAGACGAUCAGAAGAGACGAGGAGAACAUGCAGUACCGCAUCUCUCUCUGCGUCUUUCAGAUUUAUCUCGAUCAGGUCAAGGAUCUGCUGACGUCAGAGAAGAAGAAGCUCAAGAUCAGGGAGGGCGAGCAAGGCAUCUUCGUGCAGGAUGCGACAUGGAGGUACAUAGCGUCAACCAGCGAGGGCAUCGCCUUGUUGAGAGAUGCUUGGUGCAAUCGAGUUGUGUCCAAGACUCUGACCAACAACGUCAGCAGUCGCAGUCAUGUCUUCGUCAAGGUCAAGGUCGAGCAGAGGCUUCUGGGACCCCACGCGAUGAAGCAGAACCAUCGGUCUGCAGUGCUGACGUUUGUCGAUCUCGCAGGGAGCGAAAGACUCUCAAAGUCAGGAAGUUCGGGACUCAGACUGGAUGAAGCCAAGAACAUCAAUCUGUCCCUGAGCGUGCUUGGCAAGUGUGUGGCUGCGCUAGCAGGCGGCGGCGGCGGUGGAGGAGAGAAAGGAGGAGGAGAAAAGGGAGGAGAUAUUCACGUUCCACUUCGGGACAGCAAGCUAACCAGGCUCUUGUCGGAGGAUCUGCUGGGAGAGACGCGGGUGAUUCUGAUCGCCUCCAUCUCUCCCCUCCAGGCCAACACUGAAGAGACUUACUCCACUCUUAACUUCGCCCUCCGCUCGAGCAAGAUGCAGACCAUGGCUCUGCCCCUCCGAGGCUCCUCAACGAAUUCGAGCAAGCAGCUUGGCCUGCUCCGCACUAUGGAGCAGCUGAUGGACGCCAACGAGGCUCUGCUGCGAGAGAACCAGCAGCUGCGAGAGCUCGUCGACCUUCGAGACAACGACAGCACACGGGAGGGGAGGAAGGGCGAGAGUGAGGGGAGCGAGGAAUGGAAGGAGAAGGAGAGGAGGCUGGUGGAAAAAUUCGGUCAAGUCAUUUCAAGGAUGCAGGUUGAGAUCGCCAAGCUCCAUCAGGACGCCUCCUCUCGCUCGCUUCUCCUGCAGCUCUCCCACGUGCAAGAAGACGCUUCUCUCCUGCAACGUCUCCGUCAGAUCGCAGAGAUCAAGCGAGCAGUGCAGGAGGCUUCGCCGAAGUCGCAGGGCGUGGACUUGUGGCAGGAGGAGGGUGUGACGAGCAUGAGAGGAAGGAGAGACGCGGCGAACCCGCUGAUCAGAGACAGGAAGGAGGGAAAGAAUGCGACACCCGAUGAGAGGAGGAGGAGGGAGUAA